GAAGAGAGAGGCAGGAAAACACGCACACACACACACACACACACACACACACACAUCUCCACACAGCUCUGCGGAUUUCACCAAGUGAGGACGACGAUAGAGAAAAAUACAAAGGGCAAGUCGUCAUUUGUCAUGGAAGGCCAGACGUUCAGAAAACGUUUUCCUCUGAAGUACGGUUGGAUCUUCCUGUUCUUGGCCUGCCUUGUUUUAUGGGUCAUGUUUUACAGUGAAAACAUCACUGAUCACAUAACCUGCAGGUUAUCAGAGUUAAAGAUGAGCGUCCCCACCACUAAGGCUCCAACACCCAACACCACAACGUCAAAACGUCCCACUGAGCCUCCAGAGCCAGCCAACAUCUGCUCCUUCCACUCUGUGUUACCAGAGGACAUUCUGGAGGCAGAACUGUUGAAGGAGUCCAUCACCUGGCCUGAAACUCCUUCUCUCCCGCCUAACUUCUCUCUGAAUGACAGCAGUGGUCCAGCUCACAGCACCUUCACCAUUCUGCCAAGAAACGACAGAGGAAGUUGGCGAGUAGGGGAUCAGCUGGAGGUCCUGAUACAAAUCGCUGACUUCCACGGCCGCCGCAAGUCGUCAGGAGGAGAUGUUCUGCUCGCUCGGCUGCACAACCCGACUCUUUUUGCAGGCGUUGCAGGGCGAGUGUUGGAUCAUCGCAAUGGCUCUUACACUGCUGAAUUCUCUUUACUCUGGGAAGGAAGCGCACAGGUUGAGGUGACCCUGGUCCAUCCCAGCGAGGCGGUCACUGUGCUGGAAAGAAUCACCCAGCAGAACCCUGGCAGAAUUUAUUUAAAAGGCAACUUCCGCGCUGGCUCAGUCACUGAAGCUACUGCUUGCAACGUGUGCCUCAAGGAGCCACCGGAAAAACUGUGCAACUUCACCGACAUCCGCACCGGUGAGCCCUGGUUCUGCUACAAGCCAAAGAAACUCAAAUGUGAACACUGGCUCAUUCACUCAUCUGGAGGAUUCAGUCUGAAACUAAAGCCCAUGGAGGAAAAGCUCUUUCAAAGGGGUGUCAACUUGAAAGUCUUCAUUCAAUCAUCAGGGCCUUCAAACAUCACUAUUUUACCCAAACUGAAAGUUCUGAACGAAACAGUUUCCACAAACACAUCAGGACGAGGUGUGAUCACUCAACCUGCUGGUUAUUAUUACCAGGGUAUUUGGCGAGCCCUAGAUGGCUCCACAGUUCACCAGCUUACUAACAACUCAGCAAUUAGCCAGUGUUUGAGUGGCAAGGUGCUCCACCUGUAUGGAGACUCCACCAUCAGGCAGUGGUUUGAAUAUUUAAUCUCAGCAGCACCAGAUCUAAAGAAGUUUGACCUGAAAAGUCUAACGCAGGCAGGACCUUUUAUGGCCUUGAAUUACGCAAAGAACACCUUAGUGACGUUCCGCUGCCACGCUCCUCCCAUCCGCUUUGGUAAAUUGGGGAUCAGUCAGAUACGAUACAUUGCCAACGAACUGGAUGGUGUGGAUGGAGGUGAAAACACGGCUGUAGUUAUUGGCAUCUGGUCGCACUUCAGCACGUUCCCCGUUGAGGUCUACAUCCGGCGCCUGCUGACCAUACGGAGGGCAGUGGAGCGGCUGUUGACCAGAGCUCCAGGUACGCUGGUCAUCAUCAGGACCGCGAACCCCAAAGCGCUGUCCCUCUACGAUUCUCUGACCAACAGUGACUGGUAUUCAAUUCAACGUGACAAAAUACUCAGGACAAUAUUUAAAGGGGUCAAUGUCCGAUUUGUGGAUGCCUGGGAGAUGACCUUGGCCCACCACCUGCCACACAACCUCCACCCACAGCUUCCCAUAAUUAGAAACAUGCUAAAUGUUGUUUUAUCCCACAUAUGUUCUCCAGCAGGAAACUUUAAAAAAGCAACAAAGUUGUAGCAUAGGACCUGUAAUUGGGUAACUUCUGGUGAUUGGUGACACUUCAUCUAUAUCACAUUAAAGGAAUAUCAACCAGUUGUUACAAAGAUGGAAUAAAAAUGAGCAACACAGAAGUAGGUGAAGGAAAUUUGAUACUGGGAUGAAAUGGCCUCCAAGAAGGCUUUGAAGAAAGCCUUCUUUCAUGUUUAAGAAGUCUAUAUUUAUAUUGAAAUUUAGAUGUAAAUAAAAACAUUUAUUUUUU